GAGAAAACAACAACCGGAAAUGACGCAACUCGCAUGGCUCUGGUUAAAACACUUGGACUCUGAUGUGAAGCCAAAACAGUAAGAAGGAUGGCAGAAGGCUUCCUGAUGGAGGUAUGUGUGGAUUCAGUUGAGUCCGCAAUAAACGCAGAAAGAGGAGGUGCUGGUCGUAUCGAGCUGUGUUCCAGUCUGAUUGAAGGUGGCAUCACGCCCAGUGUUGGUCUGCUGCAGGUGGUGAAAGAGAACGUGCAGAUCCCAGUGUACGUGAUGAUCCGACCUCGAGGAGGCGACUUCCUCUACUCUGAGCGGGAGGUGGAGGUGAUGAGGAGGGACAUAGAGCUGCUGAAGAGACACAGGGCUGACGGUUUCGUGCUGGGGGCACUGACCGAGGACGGACGAGUCGACGCUGAGCUCUGCAUGGAACUCCUGGCUUCAUGCAGGCCGCUGCCCGUUACAUUUCACAGAGCAUUCGAUAUGGUCCAUGAUCCAUCCAUUGCGGUAGAGACCCUGGUCUCCCUUGGCUUCGAGAGGAUUUUGACAAGCGGCUGUGACAGCUCAGCUUUGGAGGGUUUACCUGUCAUCAAACGCCUCGUGGAACAGGCAAAAGGUAGAAUCAUUGUAAUGCCAGGUGGAGGCAUCACCGAGCGUAACCUACAGAGGAUACUCGAAGGUUCUGGCGCCCAGGAGUUCCACUGCUCAGCACGUUCCACUAAAGACUCUGCCAUGAAAUUCAGGAACUCCAGCGUGAGCAUGGGCGCCUCCCUCACAGCACCCGAGUAUUCGCUCAAGGUGGCCGACGUGGGCAAAGUGCGCACUCUCAAUGCCAUUGCCAAGAACACACUCUAGGGGCACUCUCAAGGGGCUGGGCUCUAUUUAGGGAGCAGGUUCUCCUUGAAUUGGAGGGAGUCCCCAUGUCUGUUGUACUAUUUGGAUUUCUUAAAGAAAGCUGUUUUUUUUCCCAGUAAGUCAUCAGUGAGCUGAGUUUCGUCUCUAUAGCGCAGUCAUUCUGAAGUAAACAACCCCCUCUUUUAUUUUUAUUCUAUUAGCUGAUUUUGAAACAGCAGGCUUGAGUGCUCACAGUGGAAUUAGUUAUUUUUGCUUCACUGAGACUCAUUGAUUAAACUUGCUUGUGGAGUCACUCUCAGCAUGUGGCUGCUCACCAAUGGUGUUAAAAUGUCGUUAUGGUCCAAACUGAAAGUGAGUUAUUUUUUAACUCAAUUUACCCAUCUCUGUACAUGCCAUCUCCUCUGCCAACUUCUCACUUCAUUCAGUCUUGCCAAUGUUGUUUCCUUUCUCAAAUUAAACUAUUCAGUUUAUUACAGUAA